AUGGCGGGAGAUUUGAAAAACAAGCAGGAUUAUGACGGAGGUCGUCCUCUGAUCUCAGGUCUUAAGAGUGAGAAAGAGGUUGCUCAGAAAGUUAAAACUAGUCAGCGGGCAAAAAAGUGCAGCAUUUGUUCUGUUAAACUUGCAGAUUCCUAUAUUAGGAAAGUUUGUGUAAAAUGUACUGACAAUAUUUCUAAAGAUUUGGUUCCGUCUUUAAAAGAAGAGCUUAAAAAUACGAUCAGAGAAGAAAUCAGGUCUGCUAUGUCAGAUCCCUCGCUUGCAAACCAUAAAGACAAGACUGUGGAGUCACAACAUGUUGACUGUUUAGAAGAUCAGCUGCAAGAGUCCCAAAUGAGAGCCUCAGAAGACACAUUUUGCAGCGAGUCUACAGAAAGUCCGAUUCAGAAUUUGAAGCAAGAAAACGCAAGACCAGAGACACCUCUCCAAGGAAAUGUAACUGAGGACAUUCAGCAACAUCCAACUGUACAACUACUUUCUCAAGAUGACACCGAUUUCCCAAACCAGAACCAGAUAUUUAUUCGUAGACCAGAAUCUCCAGAUGUUGUACGGGAAGGGAUCGCAUCAAGAAAAUUUACCGAUCUAUAAUCUAGUAAGGGAGUCUGGAGGAAAAUAUUGGUCCAUUGUCUCUGAAAACAUGAUUCAAGGCAAGGAUUAGAUCUAGAUCCUGCAGAAGAUCCAGGACAUUUAGACCUAGAAA